AUGCUUCCUUGUGUCUUUCGAUUCUUUUUAUUUUUCUUCACGGUUUUUGUUUUUUUCUUCAUGCUUUUUGCGUCUUUCAUUCUUUUUUUUUUUUUUUUUUGUAUCUUUCUGUCUUUUUCUUUUGUGUCUUUCGAUUCUUUUUUUUCCACGGUUUUUGUAUUUUUCUGUUUCUUCAUGCUUCUUUGCGUCUUUCGAUUCUUUUUUUUUCUUCACGGUUUUUGUAUCUUUUUUGUUUCUUCCUGCUUUUGCUUUUUCGAUUCUUUUUCUUUUCCCACGGUUUUUUUUUUCUUUUCUUCCUGUUUUUGCGUUUUUCGAUUUCUUUUUGUUUUUUCCACGGUUUUUCUUUGUUUCUUUCGAUUCUUUUUUUUUCGAUUUUUUUUUUUUUCCACGGUUUUUGUAUCUUUCGUUUCUUUGUGUCGUUUUUUUAAUUCUUUUUUUAUUUUUCUCCACGGUUUUUGUAUCUUUUUGUUUCUUCCUGCUUCUUUGUGUCUUUCGAUUCUUUUUAUUUUUCUUCACGGUUUUUGUAUCUUUCUGUUUCUUCCUGCUUCUUUGCGUCUUUCGAUUCUUUUUAUUUUUCUCCACGGUUUUUGUAUCUUUCUGUUUCUUCCUGCUUCUUUGCGUUUUUCGAUUCUUUUUAUUUUUCUCCACGGUUUUUGUAUCUUUCUGUUUCUUCCUUUUUUUUUUUCGAUUUUUUUUUAUUUUUUCUCCACGGUUUUUGUAUCUUUCUGUUUCUUCCUGCUUUUUGCGUUUUUCGAUUCUUUUUAUUUUUCUCCACGGUUUUUGUAUCUUUCUGUUUCUUCCUUUCUGUGUCUUUCGAUUUUUUUUUUUUUUCACGGUUUUUUGUAUCUUUUUUUCUUCUUUCUUUGCGUCUUAUUCUUUUAUUUUUUCUUUUGGUUUUUGUAUUUUUUGUUUCUUCCUGCUUUUUGCGUUUUUCGAUUUUUUUAUUUUCUCCUUUUCGUAUCUUUAUUCUUUUUUUUGAUUCUUUUAUUUUCUUUUUGUUUCUUUUGCGUUUCGUUUUCGAUUCUUUUUAUUUUCUCCAUGUUUUUCUUUUACUUUUCUGGUUUUAGUUUCUUCCUGCUUCUUUGUGUCUUUCGAUUCUUUUAUUUUUUCCAUGGUUUUGUAUCUUUCUGUUUCUUCCGCAUUAGUUGUUUUUUUAAGGCUUCUUUCUGUUUCUUUUUGCCUUUUUGUUUUCGUUAUGACUUUUGUUUCUUCUUCUUCCUGUUUUUAUUCUUUGAAUUUCUUUUUAUCCAUUCAUUUGUUUCUUUGUGUCCUCCAUUCAUUCUUUUACUUCUAUUGGUUUCUUCUUCCUAUCUUUCUAUCUUUCGAUUGUAUCUUCUUCGUUAUCCAUUAUGUCUUCUUCUCUUUUUUCUUUGUUUCAUCUCUUUUUGUUUCAUAUCUAUGUUGCUAUCUAUCUAUCUAUCUAUCUAUCUAUCUAUCUAUCUAUCUCAGUCUAUUCGUAUCUAUAUUAGCCUGUUCAUUCUAUCUCAUUUGUCUGCAUCUAUCUAUCUAUCUAUCUAUCUAUCUAUCCACAUCUAUCUAUCUCAUUUCCAUCUAUCUAUCUAUCUAUCUAUCUAUCCUCUAUCUAUCUAUCUCAGUCUAUCUGCAUCUAUAUAUGUUCAUCUAUCUAUCUAUCUCAUUUGGGCUAUCCAUAUCUCAUUCAUCUAUCUAUCAAUCAUUCCAUUCUAUCUAUCAUCUAUCAUCUAUCAUCUAUCUAUCUCAUCUCUCAUUCCGUAUCUAUUAUCUAUCUAUCUAUCUAUCUAUCUAUCUAUCGCUUCCAUAUCUAUCUAUUCUAUCUAUCUAUCCAUCUAUCUAUCUAUCAUCUAUCUCCAUCUAUCUAUCUAUAUUAGCCUGUUCGUGUCUAACCAUUUAGUCUGUAUCUAUCUAUCUAUCUAUCUAUCAUCUAUCUAUCUAUCUCAAUCGCUUCCAUAUCUAUCUAUCUAUCUAUCUAUCUAUCUAUCUAUCUAUCUCAGUCUAUUCGUAUCUAUAUUAGCCUGUUCGUGUCUAUCUCAUUUAGUUCGUAUCUAUCUAUCUAUCUAUCUAUCUAUCUAUCUAUCUAUCUAUCUCAAUCGCUUCUAUAUCUAUCUAUCUAUCUAUCUAUCUAUCUAUCUAUCUCAGUCUAUUCGUAUCUAUAUUAGCCUGUUCGUGUCUAACUCAUUUAGUUCGUAUCUAUCUAUCUAUCUAUCUAUCUAUCUAUCUAUCUAUCUAUCUAUCUAUCUAUCUCAUUAUUACUUCCUUUCAUUUGCAUCAUUGUAUUUUUCAUUCACUCUGCGGUCUUCUUUUUUUUCUCCAUCUUUCUGUUCCUUCCUGCCUCUUCCUGAUUCUUAUUACGUUUAUUUCCACUUAUUCUGUUUCGUUUCCUUUUUUGGUUUUCAACCUCUUUAUCUUCCUUUUUUUCCUUCUGAAUUUUCUUCAACAUUUUCCCCUUUUGCUGCUGCCUUUUUCUUUCGUGCUUCUCUCUUUCAAAUCAAUCAAUCUAUCUAUCUAUUUAUCUAUCUAUCUAUCUAUCUAUCUGUAUUCAUAUCUAUCUCAUACGGUUCAUAUCUAAGUCUGUUCAUAUCUAUCUAUCUAUCUAUCUAUCUAUCUAUCUAUCUAUCUAUCUGUAUUCAUAUCUAUCUCAUACUGUUCAUAUCUAAGUCUGUUCAUUAUCUAUCUAUCUAUCUAUGUUCAUAUCGCAUACUGUUCCUAUAUAAAUCUGUUCAUAUCUAUCUAUCUAUCUAUCUAUCUAUCUAUCUAUCUAUCUAUCUAAGUCUGUUCAUGUCUAUCUGA